CCCGCUGCUGGUGAACGCGGAACUGCUGUUUGCGUUGCCUGCGCUCCAUCUCUGCAGACUCAAGAGGUAGAGGCGUACUCUGACACGCCGAAGACAUUAUUAUUUUUGGACUGACUGGCGUUUGCGUUGUCACUAAUUGCAAGAUGUUCCGCUUGCGGGCACUGUCCGCAGUUUCGGUGGGGCUAACGCAGUUGUCCCGACGCUACCACACUGGGGCAGUGCGAGGGUCAGGCCGGAGGAGGCUGAUGCUGGCAGCCCUGGCUGGGGUAACUGGUGUGUCAGCAAGUGCUGGACUGCUCUGGAAAAGAGCAUAUGCAGACGCAGGGCCCUCCGUUCGACACACUGAGCAAACAGGAGGAGAGGAAGCGGAUUUUGUGGGGGAUACAGACUCUGAGACGGAGUCAGAGAAAUCAGUGGAGGCCAGCAGUGGAGAUGAAGACACAAAGGAUGAAGGUGGAGACGGGAAAAAAAAGAAGCCACGCUCUGGAUUCCGUGACCGCAAGGUGAUGGAGUAUGAGAACAGGAUAAGGGCCUACUCGACUCCAGACAAGAUUUUCCGCUAUUUUGCAACGCUGAAGGUCAUCAGCGAGCACGGAGAUGCUGAGGUUUACAUGACGCCCCAGGACUUCAUACGCUCCAUCACACCUAAUGAGAAGCAGCCUGAGAAUCUAGGCCUCGAUCAGUUCAUUGUGAAGCGCUAUGAUGGGAAGGACUUCUGGCAGACGGAGAAGAUUGCUCAGGAGAGGGAGAAGUUUGCAGAUGAGGACAGCAUAUUUUACACAUUGGGAGAAUGUGGCCUUAUCUCCUUCUCUGACUAUAUCUUCCUCACCACUGUGCUGUCCACUCCCCAGAGGAACUUUGAAAUCGCUUUCAAGAUGUUUGAUCUCAACGGUGAUGGAGAGGUGGACCUGGAGGAGUUUGAACAGGUCCAGAGCAUCAUUCGUUCCCAGACCAGUAUGGGCAUGCGACACCGUGAUCGCUCCACCACAGGAAACACCCUGAAGACAGCCGGCUGCAGCUCUGCUCUCACCACCUACUUCUUUGGACAAGACCUAAAGGGAAAACUCACCAUUGGCAGUUUCCUGGAGUUUCAGAGGAAACUGCAGCAUGAUGUGCUCAAACUAGAGUUUGAGAGGAACGACCCUGUGGACGGCAGAAUCUCUGAGAGACAGUUCGGAGGUAUGUUGCUGGCCUACAGCGGCGUCCAGUCUCGUAAACUCAAGCAGAUGCAGAAGGGCUUGAAGAAGAUGUUUAAGGAUGCACAGGGCAUCACAUUUGAGGAGGUGGAGAAUUUCUUUACUUUCCUAAAGAACGUGAAUGAUGUGGACACAGCCCUGAGUUUCUACCACAUGGCCGGAGCCUCCAUAGAUAAAGUUACCAUGAAGCAGGUGGCCCGCACCGUGGCCAAGGUGGAGCUGUCGGAUCAUGUGUGCGAUGUGGUGUUCGCUCUGUUCGACUGUGAUGGGAAUGGAGAGCUUAGCAAUAAGGAGUUCAUAGCCAUUAUGAAACAGCGGCUGAUGCGUGGGCUGGAGAAACCCAAGGACAUGGGCUUCACUCGGCUGGUGCGUGCCAUGUGGAAGUGCGCCCAGGAUACCGCUUGGGACUUUGCCACACCAAAGACAUAAUAGAGACAGGAGGGAACGUGCAAGUGAGACCGAAAGACACAGUGUGAAUAAAGCAACAACACAGCAAAGCAUUAAAGGCAUUCUCCUUCAACAGGUCUCGUGAAUUUAAAUAGACAAUUAAUGCAAGGAACUCAUUAGGACUGCAGCUCUGAGGGGCAUCAUCAAUCAUUAACGCAUGUCGUUGUAGUUCAAGCUAUCAAUACAGUGACUGAAGCAUGCUGACACAGCGCAGUGUGUCCUGAAAAGUAUCUCUAGUUUUCCUGACUAAGGCAUCAUGGGUAUUUGUAUAUUUUAAAAUAUACAGUCAAACUUUGUAUGUGUAUUUUUGCAGCGUUCUAGAGAGGAUUGCUGUGUCAAUGGGUAUGACCCUAAAAACAGCACUUUGAUAUCUGUGUUUAACAUGUUACUGCAAAAGGCAACACAAGGAGGGAAAUCAAUCUUAUUUGACCUCCUGCUGUAUAAAUGCUGUAGUAUGUCUGUUCUAUACUGACAACAGACCCAUAGCUACUUCUUUGGUGGGACAGAGAGCAGAAGUCUGUAAUCUUGUUAGCACCUCUUCAUUCACUCUACUGGCUCCAGCUGCAUCUUUACUCCUGUCAUUAUGUCCCAUAAGAGAUCAAUGAUUCUCGUCUUGCUCUACCAUGCACACAAAGCGCGUGUUCUUCAGGUUAUUGUAGCUCACUAAAACACUUUAUAUAAGAUGGAUGGUAAAAGAAAUGCUCUAUUAAAGAAUAUGAUGUUUUAAUAA